GCUUCCACCGAGAUUUAUUGUUUCAAUAUUCAUACGCCAAAUGAGUUUUAUGCAUUCUAACUACAAAAAUAAUUUAAACAAAUCCGUAAGGAACUUGUUUUGAUGGUAGCUUCAGGAAUAUGGAUUAUGGAAGCAGAUCCAAGGGUUAAACAUUUGUUAAAUUUUGUUUACCUUUAGGUCUCGUCCAAAAAGAUUUGCCUCACCCUCUACCUCCUCGCCUUUCAACAGUGUUCGCUCCCGCUUGUCAUCACCGUGCAGCUCGUUUCUGCGUCCUCUACUUUCCUACUCUGGCGUUUGGAUCCGGCGCACUUUCUUGAUGAGUCCGACGAAGUUACCGGCGGCACCUUUUCUGUUGAUAAUAGCGGUUGUCCUCCCCGUUCUUGUCGUCGGCGACGAUAUAGUACACGAGGAUGACAGCGCUCCGAAACUCCCGGGUUGCUCCAAUAACUUCGUUCUGGUCAAAGUUCAGACUUGGUUUGACAAUGUAGAAGACAGUGAAUUUGUUGGUGUGGGAGCUAGGUUUGGUCCACCCAUUGUUUCAAAAGAAAAACAUGCUAAUAGAACUCAGCUUAUUUUAUCGGAUCCUCCGGAGUGCUGCACCCAACCCAAAAAUAAGAUUUCUGGAGAUGUUCUCUUAGUUCAUCGAGGAAAUUGCAAAUUUACAACCAAGGCUAGAAUUGCUGAAGCUGCUGGUGCAUCUGCCAUCUUGAUUAUAAAUAAUCGUAAAGAGCUGUACAAGAUGGUAUGCGAACGCAAUGAGACAGGUGUAAAUAUUAAUAUAUCUGCAGUUAUGCUGCCGCAGGAUGCAGGUGCAAGCUUGGAAAACAUUCUUGCCAGCAAUCGCUCUGUUACAGUGCAACUAUAUUCUCCAGAUCGCCCUUUGGUGGAUACAGCAGAAAUUUUUCUGUGGCUAAUGGCAGUUGGUACUAUCUUGUGUGCAUCUAUUUGGUCAGCAUGGAGUUCGAGAGAAGCUGCUAUUGAACUUGAAAAACUAUUAAAGGAUGCACCAGAUGAUCUACUCAACAUGGAAUCGGCUAGCUCAAGAGGUGUUGUUGAUAUCAAUACAAUAUCAGCAAUUCUGUUUGUUGUGAUCGCCUCGGGCUUUUUGGUUAUGCUUUACAAAUUAAUGUCCACAUGGUUUGUGGAAAUUUUGGUGGUUCUCUUUUGCAUUGGUGGAGUAGAGGGCUUACAAACAUGCCUAGUUGCAUUAUUAUCCAGAUGGUUUAAGCAAGCAGGAGAGUCAUUUGUUAAAGUUCCUUUAUUUGGAGCAGUUUCAUAUCUUACACUGGCGAUUACUCCUUUUUGCGUAACUUUUGCAGCAGUUUGGGCUGUUUAUCGCCAAAGAUCAUAUGCAUGGAUUGGCCAGGAUAUUCUUGGUAUCAGUUUGAUACUUACUGUUAUUCAAGUGGUGCGAGUACCUAAUCUCAAGGUUGGUACUGUUCUUCUUAGUUGUGCCUUCCUAUAUGACAUCUUUUGGGUUUUUGCUUCGGACUGGUUCUUCCAUGAGAGUGUAAUGAUUGUGGUUGCACGUGGUGAUAGGAGUGGCGAAGAUGGAGUUCCUAUGCUGCUUAAGAUACCUCGCAUGUUUGAUCCAUGGGGUGGAUAUAGCAUUAUUGGUUUUGGUGACAUCCUUCUCCCUGGGCUGCUGAUUGCAUUUUCAUUAAGAUAUGACUGGGCCACAAAAAAAAAUCUCAAGGCUGGUUACUUCCUAUGGUCAAUGGUAGCUUAUGGUUCUGGUCUUCUGAUUACCUAUGUAGCUUUAAACUUGAUGGAUGGGCACGGUCAACCGGCUCUUCUCUAUAUUGUGCCCUUUACGCUUGGCACCUUUUUAUCAUUGGGUUGGAAAAGGGGUGAACUUAAGAAUCUUUGGAUUAAAGGACAGCCUGAUAUGGUUUGCCCACACAUUCAGGCUCUUGCUCAUUAGCUUGCCGUAGUUGUCUAUUGUAAUUUGAAGUUAGGCUAUUAGAAUUAAAUGUUGCGUUGAAGUUUGUACUAUGAUAAACUGUAUACUUAAAGACAUGUGAAAGUGCUUUUAUACAGGCCUUGCAGUAGUUGGCUAUGUAUUAGUAUUGUGAAGACACCCAACUAAUUAACUUCGUUAAUCUUUUUUAGAGAAAUAUGUGGUUAUGCUAAGAUAUGUAUGGUUUUGAAUAUUUUUCA